UUUCGCUCUUGCCUCUCCUUGCACUCGGCUGGGAACAUCGCCUCUCUGGGGGCAGCAGCCUGCGUGCGCUGCAGAGCCAGGAGGGAGCUGCCUGCGGGGCAUGGAAGAAGCCUCUUUGGCAGCCUCGAGAGGAGCGAGAGGAGCGAGAAGAGCGAGAGGAGCAAGCGAGCGCCACUGCCUGUGACCCAGGCGUCGCCGCUGCCCCUCUCCCUGGGGAGAGCACGUCCACACAGAGGUCUCUCCCUUCCCUCCCUUCCAGGUCUUCCUCCGCAGAGCCCGGUGGAGCCAGUCCCCACAGGAGCCAAGCUAGAGGGGAGCAUGGAGCUGCUGUCCACGCCCCACAGCAUCGAGGUCAACAACAUCACCUGUGACUCCUUCCGCAUCUCCUGGGCCAUGGAGAACAGUGACCUGGAGAGGGUCACCCAUUACUUCAUUGACCUUAACAAGAAGGAGAACAAGAACUCCAACAAGUUCAAGCACCGGGAUGUCCCCACCAAGCUUGUGGCCAAGGCCGUGCCACUGCCCAUGACCGUGAGAGGCCACUGGUUCCUGAGCCCCCGCACGGAGUACAGCGUGGCUGUGCAGACGGCAGUGAAGCAGAGUGACGGGGAGUACCUGGUAUCUGGCUGGAGCGAGACGGUCGAGUUCUGCACCGGGGAUUACGCCAAGGAGCACCUGGCGCAGCUGCAGGAGAAGGCCGAGCAGAUCGCAGGCCGCAUGCUCCGCUUCUCUGUCUUCUACCGCAACCACCACAAGGAGUAUUUCCAACAUGCCAGGACCCACUGCGGGAACAUGCUGCAGCCCUACCUGAAGGACAACAGCGGCAGCCAUGGCUCCCCAACCAGUGGCAUGCUCCAUGGCGUUUUCUUCAGCUGCAACACAGAGUUCAACACAGGCCAGCCUCCUCAGGACUCCCCCUAUGGCCGCUGGCGCUUCCAGAUCCCCGCCCAGCGCCUCUUUAACCCCAGCACCAACCUCUACUUUGCGGACUUCUACUGUAUGUACACAGCUUACCACUAUGCCAUCCUGGUGCUGGCCCCCAAGGGCUCCCUGGGGGACCGCUUCUGCCGUGACCGCCUGCCCCUCCUGGACAUUGCCUGCAACAAGUUCCUGACCUGCAGCGUGGAGGAUGGGGAGCUGAUCUUCCGCCACGCCCAGGACCUCAUCCUGGAGAUCAUCUAUACGGAGCCCGUUGACCUGUCCCUGGGCACCCUAGGGGAGAUCAGCGGGCACCAGCUCAUGAGCCUAUCCACUGCUGACGCCAAGAAGGACCCCAGCUGCAAGACCUGCAACAUCAGUGUGGGCCGCUAGGGACUCCUGGGGAGCUGGGGGGCUAGGGAGAGAUGACAAGCAGGGUGGCGAUGGGUGGCAUAGGUUCAGGGAGCUGGCUUUCUCUCCCCUUCCCCCCCCCCGCUCCCUCCACGCCACGGCCUCCCCCUUUCCCACCCCUUGGCGUUAGAGGCAACAGAGGGUGUCCCCUUGGUAGGCGUGGCCUAUUCAC